GGGCGGCCUGGACACAGGAAUUGUCAAGAAGUCACACCAGUGCCAGAGCUUCUGAGUGAUUAGUAUAUAGCAGGGCCACAAAGUGCAUCCUGUCUUACUGGAAUAACAGAACGGGGCCUUCUGAAAGAGACUGGUUGAAAAGCCUUGAUGUGUAUGCUCCUUUGGAAAAGAGAACGUACAGAAUUAGAGGGGUACCUAAAAUGCUUGACAAGAAUGAAGGCAAAUGCAAAAAUGGCUUGUCCAAGGAGUUUUAAAAGGUGUAGACCUCCUGAUUGAAGAUUUUUUGUUUUAUUUUAUUCCAUUUCACUAGUUAAAUUGCUGCUGUUCUACAGGUGAAAGACAUGAUUACAUUAACAGAACUCAAAUAUUUAGCAGAUGCCCAGUCAUCCUACCACAUAUUAAAACCAUGGUGGGAUGUCUUCUGGUAUUACCUCACUAUGAUAAUGCUGCUAGUUGCUGUACUAGCUGGGGCCCUCCAGCUCACUCAAACCAGAUUGUUGUGUUGUCUUCCUUGCAAGCUAGAAUUUGACAAUCAUUGCGCAGUGCCUUGGGAUUUGGUUAAAACCAACCUUAACAUGUCCUCUAGCUCCGCAGCGCAAAUAAUCGCCCCUCCUAAAAUCCAGACUGAUCUUCACCGGCAGCAGUAUUCCUACAUUGAUGCAGUGUGUUAUGAGAGACAGCUUCACUGGUUUGCCAAAUUCUUCCCAUAUGUAGUGCUUCUGCAUACUUUCAUAUUUGCAGCUUGCAGUAACUUCUGGCUUUACUACCCUAGCACAAGUUCAAGGCUUGAGCACUUUGUGGCCAUCCUUCACAAGUGUUUUGAUUCUCCAUGGACAACCCGUGCCCUCUCAGAAACUGUUGCUGAGCAGUCUGCGAGGAAUCUGCCACUAUCCAAAUCCAAAAUACUGCUUUCAUCACCUGGGAGUUCAGAAGCACGGGGAAGCAGGCAGUCUGUACCCUAUACACAGCCUGGCUUAGAACCAGCUGGAAGAGAGAGUUCCUCAAGUGUUCUAGACAAAAAAGAAGGGGAACAGGCUAAAGCUAUAUUUGAAAAAGUGAAGAAAUUCAGAGUUCAUGUUGAAGAAAAGGAUGUCAUAUAUACAGUGUACAUGAAGCAGAUUAUAGUAAAAGUAAUUGUAUUUGUAAUGAUAAUGAUUUAUGUCCCCUAUUAUUUUACCUUUAUUACACUUGAAAUUGAUUGUGUCAUCAAUAUUCAAGCCUUUACAGGUUAUAAAAGGUACCAGUGUGUUUACUCACUAGCAGAAAUUUUUCAAGUACUGGCUUCAUUUUAUGUUGUUUUAGUGAUCUGUUAUGGCCUAACUUGCACAUACAGUUUGUGGUGGAUGUUGAGAAGUUCACUUAAGCAAUAUUCUUUUGAGAAGUUAAGAGAGAAGAGUAAUUACAGUGAUAUUCCAGAUGUAAAGAAUGACUUCGCAUUUAUUCUUCACCUGGCAGAUCAAUAUGAUCCUCUUUAUUCACAACGGUUCUCAAUAUUCCUAUCUGAUUUGAGUGAAAACAAACUGAAGCAGAUUAAUCUUAACAAUGAAUGGUCAGCAGAAAAACUGAAAAAUAAACUAAUAAGAAAUUCCCAGGACAAAAUUGAACUUCAGCUUUUCAUGUUAAAUGGGCUUCCUGACAGUGUCUUUGAACUGACUGAAAUAGAAGUUUUAAGUUUGGAACUUAUUCCGGAGGCCAAGCUUCCUUCAGCAGUGAGUCAGCUACUCAAUCUCAAAGAACUUAACAUUUAUCAUUCUACAUUAACUCUGGAUUACCCGGCACUAAGUUUUCUAGAAGAAAAUCUGAAAACAUUACGUCUAAAAUCCAGUGAAAUAGGAAGGAUUCCACUUUGGGUCUUUCAUCUAAAAAAACUGAAGGAAUUGUGUUUAACAGGAUGUUUUAUGUUGGAUCAUCAAAACACUAUAUACAAUGAAGGUUUUCAAGAGCUAAAGAAUCUGAGAUCUAUUCAUUUAAGAAACAACCUUUCCCGUAUACCUCAGGUGGUUACAGACCACUUGCCUUCUCUGCAAAACUUAUCUAUCAACAAUGAGGGAAAUAAACUUAUAGUUCUAAAUAACUUAAAAAAGUUGGUAAAUUUGAGAACCUUGGAAUUGAUUUGUUGUGACUUAGAGCGCAUUCCACAUUCUAUUUUCACCUUAAACAAUCUGCGUGAAUUAGAUUUAAGAGAAAACAAUCUCAGAACAGUGGAAGAAAUAAUUAGUUUUCAACAUCUCAAGAACCUUUCUUGCUUAAAAUUGUGGCACAACACUAUUUCAUAUGUCCCAGCGCAAAUUGGAGCAUUAUCAAACCUGGAGCAAUUGUAUUUAAACUACAACAACAUUAAAAGUGUCCCACUGCAGCUAUUUCUCUGUAAAAAGUUAUACUAUUUGGAUCUUAGCUAUAACAAACUCACCUCCAUUCCUGAAGAAAUCAAAUAUUUGACAAAUUUGCAGUACUUUGCUCUGACAAAAAACCAUAUUGAAAAACUGCCAGAUGGAUUAUUUCAGUGCAAAAAACUACAGUAUUUACUUCUGGGAAAUAACAGCCUGAUGAGUUUGUCCCCUCUUGUUGGUCAGCUGUUGAACCUCAUUCAGCUAGAGCUUGUUGGAAAUUACCUUGAAUCACUUCCUGCUGAACUGGAAGAAUGUCAGUUUCUGAAACGGAGCUGUCUAAUUGUAGAAGAGAGCCUGCUGAAAACACUUCCGCUUUGUGUAAGAGAGCGCCUGCAAAUGUGUGUGGAUAAAUAAGAUGAGACUCUGUAUGUCAUCAAAUACUUCAGGCCUUUUACUUAAUAUUUCUAUAAAGAUAGGUUCAGGUGAAAGAUGAGAGAGAGAAGUAGCCUAGUUUACAAUUCAUACCUAAAACAUAUAUGUAUUGAUCUGAGUAAUUUUUAGUAAAAAGGAAACAUUUACACAUUUAGUCUUAAGUAAUGUAUAGAUUAGCAGGUAAUUGCAUCUUUGUGAAUAACCUUAAAUGUAAAUUAUUGGGGCUCUCCUGGCUGAUAUGCUUAGGGUAGUAAAUGUUUGUGGGCAUGAGUGUUGCUGUUGAAGAACUGGUUACCUGGAUGUAGUGAGUGUCUCUUUAUUUUGGGGGAGGCAGAGAAUUUUUUCUCUUGAGAACAGCCAUGCUAAACACCUUUGUCUCUCACCAUUCUGGGGUCAAGAAUUACCCAUAUUACUUUUUUUUUCUUCCAAAUAUGAAUUCUUUACUGACUUAGGAGUAGCACGUGUUCAUUUAGGUCUAACCUAUUUAAAUAAAAUUGUUAUUUUUUCAGUUUCAUGGAGCUUCUUGGAAAUCAUUUUGCAACUUACAAAAAAUCAUAUUUAAAGUAUAUGGUCAGCACUUGCCCCAGUCUUGUAGCUUUGGGAGAUGCCACUUGAUUUAAUAUAAAAAUGAUAGGAUGAUUAUUCUUCAUAUCCUCUUGUAAACUGCUUCAGUAUUUUAUGUCUUUUUAGACUAGGAAAAAAUGUGAUAACUAACAAUGUACCUAGUAAAUGGGAUUAAAAUUUAGUUUGUUCUGAUUUUAUUUCUCUCUCUCUCUCAAAAAAAACCUUGUGUAUUCAAGUGGUGGCUGCUAAUAUAGCAAAAUUACCUUGCUUUGUAUACAUGUUCUUAACUGUGGCAACAAGCAGAUCAUAUUUCUUAGUAUUUAUCUUCAUAGAGAAUUAUGGCAAAUAAGAACAGUUACAAUCUGUUUUGGCAAUCCCAAAUAUCACUAUGGUGUUUUCCCAUUUGCCACUUACACAUCCAUUUAUCAGUGCUUAUCUCUGUCCCUCCAGUUGGUCUGUUUAGUGUGCUGGUGGGUAGGGAAAUCUUGCAUCAAAGAUAAAUGGAUGGGGAAGCACAGGCACAGUUAAAACCAAGCCACACAAUUCAUAAAUACUUAAAAACAAAACUGAACCAAAUGAAUUGCAAUGCCACUGUAAACUUUCCUCCACUCAGUGAUAUAAUUUCACAAAUUGUGUGAAGGGGGAUAUAUGAUCUUUUAUAAUCCCAUCCUUUAAUGUUUGUUAAAAUGGAUGGAAAUAAAAUGGAUGUAGAUUUUAUACAUUUUUUCUGUAUACUUUGUUUCAUUAUCUAUUUCUAAGGUUUUAUUCUACUGACAUUUCUCAUAACAACCAAUAUAUAUUUUUUUGCCUCUGAUGGAUGCAUUUAAAAUUGUUAGCAUGUUUUCAGGAGCAUACAUCAGUAAUACUUUUAAUUUUAUAUGCUUAAAAUUCAAAUAUAAAAUAUGGACUAGUGUUUAUUUUUAAGCAAAUAAAAUGCUGAAAAUUUUGAUUAAGUAAUAUUCUUGAUGUUUAGUAAACAUACUUUGAUAUUUGUCUUUAAAUCAUCAGGGGAGGAUUAACAUAUAUGGUAUAUUUUUUAAAAACUGCUCCCAUUACCAGUAUCAUUGUUCUGGGGCCUAAGAAUUACCUUUUUUAAAAUUCAUGUAGUGAGAGUCUGGUCUCCUAAACUGAAAUAAAAGGUGUCUCUUUAGUAACUUUCCAAGAAGUUCGUGUUAUUCCUCAUACUAAUUCUAUUGCAUAUACCUUUCUAAACAGAAUUUUCUUCUCAGGGAACCAAAAAUGUGUUGCAACCUAAUGGAUUUUAUGUAUUUUUAAGUCUUUGAUUUUACUAAACAUUUGUAUUAUGAAAUGUUUUGUAUAAACUGAUCAGUCAGAUCUGAAUGCUAAGCAGUAUAGUAUCUUGUAGUUUCUGUGUUCAGUUUUUCCAAUAUUAGUUCAAGGUAUAAUUUUUAUGGCUCAUAAUAUUUCCUGGGUACUUACAUAGUACAUAAAUAGUGAGCUGGGUCUUGGCAUAUUGCAUCAGAAUAGAACAGCCUGUGCCAUUCUAAUUAAAGUUUUGGUAAUAGUUGCAAUAUAAACUAGAUGUGUCAAGGCUCUAGGUUUUGGAAUCAGAUUGUGCAAGAACUUGACUUUGGACCUAGUACAUUUAAAAAAA